UAAAGAAGUGUGUGCAGCGCGAAGGCUAUCGGCUAACAGCGGAGCUAACGGUCCUCGCAGCGGAGCCCCGGGGAGUGAGAAAGCAGCCCGCAGCCAGAGAGCAGAAUGAGCCAGACCACCGGGCGGCGGUGACGCUCACAGGGUGAUCAGGUGUGUGUUCUAUCAUCUGCAGGAUGCCCAUCCCUCCCCCACCUCCUCCUCCACCUGGGGGACCCCCUCCUCCCCCCACCUUCAGCCAGGCCAACACCAACCCCCCGAAGCUGAACAAGGAGGAGGCCAAAGGUCGCGGCGCUCUGCUGUCGGACAUCUGUAAAGGCACCAAGCUGAGGAAGGUGGCGGUGGUAAACGACCGCAGCGCCCCGCUGCUCGACAGUAAGACUCAAACACCAAAGAGCCAAACACCCCCCACAGAGCACCCAUACAUUCGCUUAUACCAAUACCUACACCAGCAGCAGAGCCUGCCUAAACAGCAGGGGGUGCCGUCUGAGGAGCAGAAGACGACGGUCGGAGAUAAGAGCCCCACUCUGUCGCUGGAGAAGCCGAAAGGAGGCGGAGCAGCAACUGCAGGAGCCAAUGGGAGUGGAGCUGGAAGUCCAUCUGGUUCUGCUCCACCAAUCGGAGGCCUGUUCAUCGGCGGAGUUCCCAAACUGAGACCAGUCGGAGAUGGCGCCGCUGGUCGCUCUCCCUCCACUCGGGCCGCUGCGCCCCGCCCUCCCAGCCAACGCCACGAUGAUGCAGAGAGCCCCUCCCCUAAGGCGUCGUCACCCAUGGAGACGUCUCGCACGCCACGUCCUUCACUCCCCAACCUGUUGUCUUCUCCCUCCCCCUCCUCCCCCUCCUCCGCAGCCUCUUCCCCCUCCACCGGCAUGAAGCACUCUUCUUCUGCCCCUCCUCCACCUCCUCCUCUGUGUCGCCGAGGUAACGCCCCCUCCCCCCCCAUCUCCUCUUACAACAGAGAGAAGCCCCUCCCCCCAACCCCUAACAACACCCCUCCGCUACCCUCCAAACCUCCACCAUCUCCUGGCAACAGCAGGCGCCCUCCCACCUCAGGAGGAAACCCUGUCACCUCCUCCACUUCUCUGGCUCCGCCCCCUCCACCAUAUCGUAUUAGUAACGGCCCAACAGGUGGCGGCGGAGAGGCGCCCGAGCUGCCGCAGCGCCACAACUCACUCAGCAAUAAGAGGCCCGCCCCCUCACCAGGAGGCCACACCCCUUCCCGAGGCCCUGCCCCUCCACCUCCUCCAGCAUCACCUACCCCCUCCCAACAAGGCACCAGCAGGCCACCGCCCCCUGUUAGAGAGCCGCCGGGUCGAGGAGCAGCUCCUCCCGUUCCUGUCCAGACGUCGUUAAGGGCGGGCGGCAGAGAAGCGCCGCCUCCCCCGCCUUACAGGACACAUGGUAGCCCCUCCCUUUCUUCUGAUCCCCCCACCCGAGGCAAACCUCCUCCCCCGCCCUCCCGCACCCCGGCCGCUCCUCCCCCGCCUCCCCCCCCUCUCCGCAACGGACACUCCUCCUCCUCCAUCCCUCGCUCGUUUGUGGAUGAUUUUGAGUCCAAGUAUUCGUUUCAUCCUCUGGACGACUUCCCUCCCCCGGACGAGUACAGACACUUCACCAAGAUCUACCCGAGCAAGGCCAACCGAGUGAUGAGAGGAGCUCCGCCCCUUCCUCCAGUCGGGAGGUGAACCAGGAACACCCCACAGAGCUGGAACCGACACACACACAGAACACACACACAAAACGCAUACUCUAACAUAACACUCAUUCACACACACACAGAACACACACACUCACACACAGAGA